AGGGGCACUCACUCAACCUGAGCUAUGCUACUACACUAAUUUGUACAUGCAUGUCACAUGCCGGUUGUGUGUAUGGGUGUUUGUGUUUGUGUGAUUGUGUGUCUGUGUGUCUGUGUGUUUGUGUGAUUGUGUGUCUGUGUGUUUGUGUGAUUGUCUGUCUGUGUGUUUGUGUGAUUGUGUGUUUGAUGCAAUGUGUGUGCAUGUUGGUUGUUCAAGGCCAAUGGGAUCCUCUACUAAAAAGAUUUGAGAGACAGAAAGAGAGAGUUGAUUGAGCUGGGCCUUGAUGAGCUGAUGGAGCUGACGGUGCAGAGCCUGAGCCACCUAAAGAUUAAAGAGCACUUCAACAUCACCAAGGAAAUUGGCUGGGGGGAGUAUGACAAGGUGCUGCUGGUCACCCAUCGCUGCAGGGGUAGGUAUCCCAGAGUGUGCUGUGAAGCGCUGUGUCCUUCAGAUCACCAGUGCCCUGGAGUUCAUCCACGAGCACGGUCUGGUCCACCGCGACAUCAAGCCUGGGAACAUCCUGCUGCUGGAUCCAGAUGCCUUACUCCACGGAGUUCGGGGCUCCGGGUCCGGCGCAAGAAAGCCAGCUGGACGCUCUCUCCGCAUGCAUGGGGAAGAGGAGAGCAUCAGGGCCGAAGAAGGAGCGGAGAAGGACGGAGAGCAUCAACACCGUGUUCACCGAACUGAGAGAAUGUAUACCAAAUGUACCGGUAGAUACAAAACUGUCCAAAAUUAAAACGUUACGACUAGCAACAAGUUACAUUUCCCACCUAAUGGACGUGCCAAGAAUUGUUACGCAACAUGGACAGUUAUUAACCCGCGCUACCCUCAAACCAAGGCACGCUGCCUGCUAAUUAUCUAAAGGCUAUGUUUCAAUUUCUAAUUAUUUUCUAACAUCAGUUUGAAUUGAGGUGUGUUCCGCCUCCUCAUUAAUUCACAUAAGAAGUUGCCCAUUUCACUGUUGCGGACAAUUUAUGUUUGAGGCUUUACUCAACCGGACAAACACAAGAUCCCAAGCACUUCCCCAGAUCAAGUAUGCAGAAAUGUUUGCAUCUCUAGUCAGAACCCUUUUAACUAACCAUUCCCAUAAGACAAACUUUUUCCACCUGACAAAGUUUCUGUCUGGCACCUGUGGCAGAAAAAUCAGAAUUAGCUGUGUAACAUAGAUCAUUAAGAUGUCUUAUCUGCAUAGUAUACUUAUGUGAUAUUAUUGUUAUUAGAAUGUAUCCCUUCGGACUCUGGUAUUGGCAGUUGCACUUCUUCCCUCAGCUGGGGCUCAGUCACCUGGGGCCCGGUCACCUGGGGCUCAGUCACCUGGGGCCCAGAGAGGGGAGAGGUCAGGCUUGUCUUUCACAUGUCAAAUCAAAUCAAAUUUUAUUUGUCACAUACACAUGGUUAGCAGAUGUUAAUGCGAGUGUAGCGAAAUGCUUGUGCUUCUAGUUCCGACAAUGCAGUAAUAACCAACAAGUAAUCUAACUAACAAUUCCAAAACUACUGUCUUAUACACACAAGUGUAAGGGGAUAAAGAAUAUGUACAUAAAGAUAUAUGAAUGAGUGAUGGUACAAAGCGGCAUAGGCAAGAUACAGUAGAUGGUAUCGAGUACAGUAUAUACAUAUGAGAUGAGUAUGUAAACAAAGUGCUAUGCAGAAUAUCAGAAAGGGAAAAGGACAGGAGGGAACAUUGUCUUCAUACAGUGAGGGAAAAAAGUAUUUGACCCCUCUGCAAAACAUGACUUGGUACUUGGUGGCAAAACCCUUGUUGGCAAUCACAGCGGUCAGACGUUUCUUGUUGUUGGCCACCAGGUUUGCACACAUCUCAGGAGGGAUUUUGUUCCACUCCUCUUUGCAGAUCUUCUCCAAGUCAUUAAGGUUUCGAGGCUGAUGUUUGGCAACUCAAACUUUCAGCUCCCUCCACAGAUUUUCAAUGGGAUUAAGGUAUGGAGACUGGCUAGGCCACUCCAGGAUCUUAAUGUGCUUCUUCUUGAGCCACUCCUUUGUUGCCUUGGCCGUUUGUUUUGGGUCAUUGUCAUGCUGGAAUACCCAUCCACGACCCAUUUUCAAUGUCCUGUCUGAGGGAAGGAGGUUCUCACCCAAGAUUUGACGAUACAUGGCCCCGCCCACGUCCCUUUGAUGCGGUGAAGUUGUCCUGUCCCCUUAGCAGAAAAACACCUCCAAAGCAUAAUGUUUCCACCUCCAUGUUUGACGGUGGGGAUGGUGUUCUUGGGGUCAUAAGCAGCAUUCCUCCUCCAAACACGGCGAGUAGAGUUAAUGCCAAAGAGCUCCAUUUUGGUCUCAUCUGUCCACAACAUUUUCACCCAGUUGUCCUCUGAAUCAUUCAGAUGUUCAUUGGCAAACUUCAGACAGGUCUUGGCCAUGGUGGAGAGUUUGGAAUCUGAUUGAUUGAUUGCUUCUGUGGACAGGUGUCUUUUAUACAGGUAACAAACUGAGAUUAGGAGCACUCCCUUUAAGAGUGUGCUCCUGAUCUCAGCUCGUUACCUGUAUAAAAGACACCUGGGAGCCAGAAUUUUUUCUGAUUGAGAGGGGGUCAAAUAUGUAUUUCCCUCAUUAAAAUGCAAAUCAAUUCAUAACAUUUUUGACAUGCGUUUUUCUGGAUUUUUCUGUUGUUAUUCUGUCUCUCACUGUUCAAAUGAACCUACCAUUAAAAUUAUAGACUGAUAAUUUCUUUGUCAGUGGGCAAACGUACAAAAUCAGCAGGGGAUCAAAUACUUUUUUCCCUCACUGUAUGUGAAUGUGUCUUUACCUAUUCUUUAACCAUGUGAAGGGAUGGCGUGAUUAAUGGGGAACCAAUUACUUGUCUCCACAAUGUCUAUGCGCCAGUCACUCCCUCCUUUGGCAUUGGGGGAUGUGUGUGGUAGUGUCUGGAACCAUUGUAUGUCAUCUCUGAUGCACUUAACCUGGAAUAGUGUAUGACCUAGAGGCUCACUCCCCUCAGUGAGCUUGUCCAGGAGUGUGUUCAAUAAGGGGUUUUACUUGAGAUGGGGGUAUCUGAAGUUGACAAUUGAUUUAUGUCAUUGGUCAAGUUGGUGUUUUUGUGCUAUGAAGUACCAGGAAAGAGAUCAGAACCUCGUCUUAGGGGCCAAACUGAACGCUAAUAUAUAGCGAAUGCUAUCUGACUACGGGGUAUUCCUUUCUCAUUUAAAAAGUCUCACCUUGUGACCCAUUCCAAACAUCUGUGGUUUGUUAUGUAGACUAUGGGGUGAUUCUUUGCUAUAAAAGUUCUCAGUAGCCUUUGUGUUGGCGCUCUCAACGGAUCAUCAGAGAAGGUGAUUAGUUGACCAGCCAUCGCUAUUGCAAAGC